CACGCUCCGACCGGCUCUCCGCGGACUGCGCGCUGGAACUUGAGUGUCGGGAGGUAACCAAAAAGCCACCCGAAAUGUCAAUAGCUCGUUCAUCUGUCCAUGCCAAAUGGAUCGUGGGGAAAGUGAUUGGAACAGCAAUGCAAAAAACUGCUAAAGUGAGAGUAACCAGGCUUGUUCUGGAUCCCUAUUUAUUAAAGUAUUUUAAUAAACGAAAAACCUACUUUGCUCAUGAUGCUCUUCAGCAGUGCACAAUUGGGGAUAUUGUGCUCCUCAAAGCUUUACCUGUUCCACGAACGAAACAUGUGAAACAUGAGCUGGCUGAGAUCAUUUUCAAAGUUGGACAAGUCAUAGAUCCAGUGACUGGAAAACCCUGUGCAGGAACUACCUACCUGGAGAGUCCAAUUAGUUUGGAAACCACGCAUCUAACCAAAAAUCUGGAAAAACUCAGUAUCUCUUCUGAACAGUGAAAGAGGAUUAGAAAAACAAACCAAAGGGAAAAAUUUAUAAGUUUGCUUUAUGGAAAAGAAAUGUUUCUAAGUUUCAUCACAAACUGAUCAGUUUCUCUUCUGGUAUUUAUGAAAUAGCUAAAAGUAAAUGAAUAAAAGGUUUGUUAUAAUUUUUCA